AUGAUUGCGCUCACUGCGUGCGGUCAUGCUCUGGGUGGCGUUAGGCAGCAACAUUUCCCUGAUAUCCUGAAGGACCGAGCGUUCCAGUUUUUCAAGGGCAAUACUACGAUGUUCACUAAUGGAGGCUUAUCCUCUCUAGAAACGUUCAACAACACCUGCGCUACUCUCUUCGAGAGAAUGAUCAACACCGUUUCUUCCUCAUUCACUCUCACGGACAUCAUCGAGCCCUGGGAUUACAAAGUUGGAGAAGCUCGUAUAUCAGUCGCGAAUGAUUCCGACACUUUGUUGAUGCAGACCACUCUUAGGCUUUUGGACGUCGAGGACAAUCCCGAUAGAGAAGUCAAACUAGUCUGGGUGGACAAAGACGGAUCAUGCUCUCAAGGAACCUGCUCCUCCCCCGCCACCACCUCCAACCGUAUCACCGGUACCACUCUCUUCAGAAGAGUAUUUGGGAAAACAGCGCUCCAGUACAAUUUCGUCGUGAACGGUAUCGACCCUGUCAAAUCUAUCAACAAAUUCUGGUUCGAAAUCGACGAAAAGGACGGUUCUCAACCGACUGUGGUCAAGAACGACGAUGGCCAAGGUUACGUGAUCUCCCAGGACGAUGUGCUAUUCGAUAUCGCUCGGAGUAUCUUAUACGCCGACAGUCUGACUAGUAUCACCAACUUCGCUUCCGAGGUGGUUAUCGCAGUCAAAGACACCCUAGUCGAAAAUGGCGGCACAGCCCCCAUCCACAUUGAAACUGCCAACUCCUUCAUCACGGUCCCGUUCAAAUUCGAGGUUUUGAAACCUAAACUAGACACUCGUUUCAAUCAUACCGCCGGUUAUACCUUCUUUUCUUUCGUUCCCACCGAGUUUUUGACUAGCGCCUUUGAUGUUUAUUACGGAGAGGUUGCGCCUGACAACCUCAGGAUUCAAUUUGGGCAGGUGUUUGAGGCGAGGAACCAAGUGAUAGGACCGUUGCCUUGA